AUGACAGCUUCAGGAGAGGAAGCAAGAGAAUCGGAAGGAUCCUGGAUCCCUCUGAUUGUAAUUCUGGUGUUGGUAUUUCUGCGGUGGCUGGCGUAUGGGACAGGAAGUGUCCCUAUUCGAUUUCGUCGAUGGUACAAUAUCCAACGAGUGCAGCUCCGAAAACAGUUGGGAUAUCGAGAUGAGAGCAUUUACCGACCAGGCACGGCGGGUGACGGGGCCAGCAAGAAACAUAAACGACAAGGAUAG